AUGCAAGGGGAGAAAAUGGAAUGUGUAGCGGAUAGCAAUGCUGUACUUUGUGAUAAACGACCGCUUGAGCUGUACGGUAAAAUAAUUUGGAAGCCAUGCCUGUUCGGCUACAUUUGCAUUAAAAAAUCUGAUUAUGUCGACGAAUUUCGACGUUGCAUUGAGUUAGGUCAGGAGUUUAGUCCGAUUCUCUGUAAUAGUGCUUACGAAUAUCCACGGAAUUUCAAUUGUGAUUUCUACGACAAAUUUGCUUGUCAACGUAGUAAACGUUAUAUCUAUUCAUGCGUUUGUACUAACAAUCAUCGAAAUGCGUAA